CAGCCCAAUCUCCAGUCCAAAGAGAGCGAUCACUCCCUCACCCACCCACCCCCCAUCCCCGUCGUUCCUCCCGUGGUCCACGAACCAUUUCCCAAAAUUUCCCCACUCGCGAACCCUAACUUCGACCAGCCUCUCGCCCCAGAUCCCCUCCCCCUACUCUCACCAGGAGCAGAACCCACCCGCUCGGACCGCUCCGCGUAAUCGCCAUGGCGGACGAGGAACCCGUUGAUCCCAAGAAGUAUCUUGAGGAGCGGUGCAAGCCACAGUGUGUAAAACCACUGUAUGAGUAUGAGAAAUGUAUCAAGAGAGUCGAGGCCGAUGAUACUGGGCACAAGCACUGCACUGGGCAAUAUUUUGACUACUGGUCAUGCAUCGAUAAAUGUGUAGCACCAAAGCUCUUUGAAAAGCUGAAAUGAUAUUGGGGCGCUACUUUCAGUGAGUGAGCCUGGUCAUUGGCCAGAACUUUGUUCAAGUUGAAAUAUUUGACGAGUCUGCAAAUUGUCCUGUGACUGUGUUUCGAUUUCAUGAACUUGUAAUAAGAGCAACUAUCUUGACACUGUUUGCAACCAUUGAUUUAUGUUUGGCUAAGCACUGAUGACAACUAUAACAAUUUGAUGUCUGUCGAUACA